AUAUGCAGGCUCAAAAAAAUGGGUGGUUUCCAUAGUACCUGUACAACCUAACAAACCUACUAUUAACGAAACGAGAAUGUAUGACACAAUAUCACGUGAUGGUGAACUCUUAUGCGAAACAGUGUUGGACCAACUUUGUUAA